UCUCUCCUCCUCUAUAUAUACCCUCCUCUCUCUUUCUGGGUCUGGGUCUGGGUCUGGGUCGGUUUCCCUUCUGAGACAAACCCAACUGCAAAAAUAUCCAUCUCAUAAAACACAAAACAGGGACCCACCAUACAACAACAGAACAGAAAAAAGAAAAGAAAAAAAAGAAGAAAUAAAAAAGAGAGAGCAUUUUUAACACCUGAGGAAGGCUAGCGAGAUACUCAAGAGAAGUGCGGGAAAAUCUUCUCUCUGUUUCUUAUCACUUGGGACUAUCCGAUCAGUUACUGCAAACUUUUGUGUUUGUUUGGGUUCGAUCAGCCUAUUUCGGCACCCUGUCGGAGAAUAGGAGGCUUGAGGGUUCGGUGGUUUCGCAGAAUAUGAGUUCUCAGGUCCCAAAUGAGCGAAGGGAUAGGUCCAGGUUUCCUGCUCAGCCUCCUCAGCCCGCUCAGUCUGCUCGUCGAGAGUGGGUCCCUAGAGGAUCCAACCCUACCACUGCUGCCGUGAACCCACCUCCAAGCUUCAAUUCAAACAUCCCGAAUGGGAAUGUAGGACAGCCCAAUUAUAGCUCUGCUCCAUCAGAGAGUCGGCAGCAGCACAGAGGAAAUAAUGCUUCUAGAGGUCAUAUGGUUCGGCCAAUGAACCAUGGAAGGGAGAGGGGAAGGAGCGAGAAUCAGGAGGAGGUUAGAUUGAAGGACUCUAGUUUACCUCAGCUUGUGCAAGAAAUUCAGGAUAAACUGACAAAGGGCACGGUUGAAUGCAUGAUUUGUUAUGAUAUGGUGAGGAGGUCUGCACCUGUUUGGUCUUGCUCAAGCUGUUACUCAAUUUUCCAUCUGAAUUGCAUCAAGAAAUGGGCUCGAGCUCCCACUUCUAUCGACAUGUCUGCAGGGAAGAAUCAGGGAUUUAAUUGGCGGUGUCCUGGAUGUCAGUACGUACAGCUUACAUCCUCGAAGGAGAUUCGUUAUGUUUGUUUUUGUGGUAAGAGGACAGACCCGCCUUCAGAUUUGUAUUUGACACCACAUUCAUGUGGUGAGCCUUGCGGGAAGCAACUUGAGAGGGAUGUCCCAGGCAGGGGUGUGAGUGAGGAUGAUCUUUGCCCUCAUGUUUGUGUCUUGCAGUGUCACCCAGGUCCAUGCCCUCCUUGUAAAGCAUUUGCCCCGCCACGUUUAUGCCCUUGUGGAAAGAAAGUAAUUACCACAAGAUGCUCAGACCGGACGUCUGUUCUAACUUGUGGCCAGCAUUGUAAUAAGCUUCUUGAUUGUUUGCGUCACCGUUGUGAGAGAACUUGCCAUGUGGGUCCUUGUGAUCCUUGUCAGGUUCUGGUUGAUGCUUCUUGCUUUUGCAAGAAAAAGGUGGAGGUUGUUCUUUGUGGAGACAUGACUGUGAAGGGAGAGGUGAAAGCAGAAGACGGUGUUUUUUCUUGCAAUUCCACUUGUGGAAAAAAGCUUACCUGUGGUAAUCAUGCCUGCGGUGAAGUUUGCCAUCCAGGCCCCUGUGGAGAGUGCAAUUUAAUGCCAACGAAGAUUAAGACAUGCCACUGUGGGAAAACAAGCUUGCAAGGGGAACGACAGAGUUGUUUGGAUCCAGUUCCAACUUGUUCACAAACAUGUGGCAAGUCCCUCCCGUGUGAGAUGCACCAGUGUCAAGAGGUAUGCCAUACUGGGGAUUGCCCACCUUGUUUGGUUAAAGUGAGCCAGAAAUGCCGUUGUGGAUCAACUUCUCGGACUGUGGAAUGCUUUAAGACCACAAUGGAGAUAGAGAAGUUUACUUGUGAUAAGCCUUGUGGGCGGAAGAAGAAUUGUGGAAGGCACCGUUGCAGUGAGAGGUGCUGUCCUCUUUCUAAUUCGAAUAAUGUUCUCUCAGGGGAUUGGGAUCCUCACUUUUGCUCUAUGCCUUGUGGGAAGAAGUUAAGGUGUGGGCAGCAUUCUUGUGAAUCACUUUGCCACAGUGGCCACUGCCCUCCCUGCCUUGAUACAAUCUUCACUGACUUAACCUGUGCAUGUGAGAGGACUUCAAUCCCUCCUCCAUUGCCAUGUGGUACACCUCCCCCAUCAUGUCAGCUCCCAUGUUCAGUCCCUCAGCCUUGUGGGCAUUCAUCUUCUCACAGCUGCCACUUUGGAGAAUGUCCACCUUGUUCAGUGCCUGUGGCAAAGGAGUGCAUCGGUGGGCAUGUCGUCCUCAGGAACAUUCCUUGUGGGUCGAGGGACAUCAAAUGUAACAAGCUCUGUGGGAAGACAAGGCAGUGCGGUAUGCAUGCUUGUGGCAGGACUUGUCACCCACCGCCUUGUGAUACUUCCUCUUCAGUGAAACCAGGUACAAAAACUUCUUGUGGACAGACAUGUGGUGCUCCUAGGAGAGAUUGCAGGCAUACAUGUACUGCACUAUGUCACCCGUAUGCUCCUUGUCCUGAUAACAGAUGUGAUUUCCCCGUCACAAUCACUUGUUCUUGUGGCCGGGUAACAGCAAAUGUUCCUUGUGACUCUGGUGGCAGCAAUGCUAGUUUCAAGGCUGAUACUGUGUAUGAAGCUUCUAUUAUCCAAAGGUUGCCAGCACCACUUCAACCAAUUGAAUCAACGACCAAGAAGAUCCCACUUGGACAGAGGAAAUUUAUGUGUGAUGAUGAAUGUGCUAAGUUGGAGCGGAAACGGGUUCUUGCAGAUGCUUUUGAUAUAGCUUCUCCAAACUUGGAUGCACUCCAUUUUGGUGAGAAUUCUGCUGUUUCGGAGUUGCUUUCAGACCUUUUCAGACGUGAUUCCAAAUGGGUAUUAUCUGUGGAGGAGAGAUGCAAGUACUUGGUGCUUGGUAAGAGCAGAGGUCCUACAAGUGGCCUCAGAGUUCAUGUUUUCUGUCCAAUGCUGAAGGAGAAGAGAGAUGUUGUUAGGAUGAUUGCUGAAAGAUGGAAGCUUGCAGUUCAAUCCGCUGGUUGGGAGCCCAAGCGAUUUAUUGUGGUUCAUGUUACGCCUAAAUCCAAAACCCCAGCUCGGGUGAUUGGGGUUAAGGGUACGACGACAGUGAAUGCACCCCAGCCUCCUGCUUUUGAUCAUUUAGUAGACAUGGAUCCCAGGCUUGUGGUUUCUUUCCCAGAUCUGCCGAGAGAUGCAGAUAUUAGUGCACUGGUCUUGAGGUUUGGUGGGGAAUGCGAGUUAGUCUGGUUGAAUGAUAAGAAUGCAUUAGCUGUAUUCAAUGAUCCUGCUCGAGCAGCAACCGCAAUGAGGAGGUUGGAUAAUGGUACACUAUAUCACGGGGCUAUUAACGUUCUCUCAAAUGGCAGUGCAUCUGUGGCAUCAUCGGGUUCUAAUGCUUGGGUUGGAUUGGGGACAGCUAAGGAAGGAGUGUCUACAGUGCUGAGGGGUAAUCCAUGGAAGAAGGCUGUUAUUAGGGAGCCUGGUUGGAGGGAAGAUUCAUGGGGUGAUGAAGAGUGGGCUGAUGGUUCCGCGGAUGUGCAGGCAUCUGUGUGGAAAAAAGAAGCUCCAAUCACUGCCUCACUAAAUCGAUGGAGUGUACUAGACAGUGAUGUAGCUUUGGGUUCAUCUUCUGUAUCUCCUAGCAUUGAGGACUCUGGAAAACAGUCUUUGGGUGGUUUAAAUCCGGCUUUGGAAUCAAAUGCAAGUGGUUCGACUUCAGCAGGGCAGCAGCAUGGAGGAAAUAUUGCAGAUACAUCUGAAGUGGUUGAUGACUGGGAGAAGGCUUAUGAAUAAAAGAUAGAAUGAAGCAAUUGAUCAAUAUUUUGAUAACUUUAGUACCGGCGGAAGGGGGUAAAGGGGAAAUCAAGGUCUUUUUUCACUGGACUAGAUCCUGAGACAUGGAAGCAUACGGUUCUUUUGUCAUUUCAGAGCCUUGGAGUAAUUUAUGGUCAACUGAGUACUGCUCCCUUAUAUGUCUUUGGGACAAUGAAUGCAGAAGAUAUCAAAUCAGAGGAGACUGUUUAUGAACUAUUCUCCUGUAUUUUCUGGACUAUUAACAUCAUUUCUUUACUCAAGUAUGCCUUUAUAGUAUUAAGAGCUGAUGACAAUGGAGAAGGUGGUACUUUUGCUUUGUAUUCACUCCUGUGUAGGCAUGCUAAAGUGGGUCUGCUUCCAAAUGACACAAGUGCUAAUGAGGUUAUGCAUUAUGAGACGGGAAGUCCUUUCAAGAUAAAGGUGGAAUCAAGGGCUAGAAGAGCCAUUGAGAAACAUAAAAGUAGCCACUAUUUAAUGUUGUUCCUUGCUCUGUUCGGUUCCUGCAUGACGAUCGGUGUUGGGGUGCUUACCCCAGCUCUAUCUGUGUAUUCAGUUUCAUCAGGUGUUCAAAGAUCAAUGUCAGAUAUGGCACACUUAUAUGUACCAGUUCCAACGGCAUCUGCUAUAUUGGUGUGCCUCUUCACACUACAACACUAUGGGACUCAUAAAAUUGGGUUUAUUUUUGCUCCAAUUAUUGUCAUUUGGCUGAUAUUUAUUGGUGGAGGCGGUGUAUAUAACAUUUUCCACUGGAACAAACAAAUUAUCCAUGCUGUCUCCCCAAUGUACAUCUACAGAUUUGUUAAGAACAUUGAAAUCAAAAGUUGGAGGUCUCUAGGCAGCAUCGUUUUGUGUGUAGCAGGAUCAGAGGCAAUGUUUGCAGAUCUAGGUCAUUUCAGAAAGAAAUCGAUCAAGAUUACAUUUGUAUGCUUGAUUUAUCCAGUCCUUGUUUUAUGCUAUGCCGGCCAGGCUGCAUAUAUCUCCAAAAACUUGCAUGUUGCAGAUUUCAAUCAUCUCAGUGAAUCCAUCCCCCACCGAAUUCGCCACUGGUUCAUAGCAUUAUCCCUUCUUGCUUCAGUUGUGGGAAGCCAAGCAACCAUAACAGCCAGUUUUUCCAUCAUAAAUCAGUGCCUAGCACUUGGUUGUUUCCCCAGAGUAAAAGUUAUUCAUACAUCAGAUAAGAUACAUGGGCAGGUUUACAUUCCUGAUAUCAACUGGCUAUUGAUGGUUCUAAGCCUCGCUGUUACAAUUGGUUUCCAUGAUAUUAUGAGAAUUGGUUCUGCCACAGGUUUGGCCGUAAUUUCUGGAAUGCUCGUAACGACUUGUCUCAUGUCACUCGUAAUUGCCCUGUACUGGGAGAAGAAUUUGUUUGAAUCUGUCUGUUUUCUGAUAUUCUUUGGAUCCAUUGAGGUAAUGUAUGUAUCAGCUUGUAUGUUGAAUUUCCAUAAGGGAGCUUGGUAUUUGGUUGUCCUUUUGGCAUUGUCCUUGACAGUCAUGCUUUCAUGGCAUUAUGGAACCAAGAAGAAGCUCGAAUUUGACUUACAAAACAAGGUAUCUGCAGAAUGGCUUACUGAUAUUAGCCCAGGCCUAGGGGUUACCAGGGUUCCCGGCAUUGGUUUCAUUUAUACUGAUAUAGUGACAGGAAUUCCAGCUUUCUUCUCACACUUCAUUACCAACCUUCCUGCAUUUCACCAAGUUUUGAUCUUCGUGUCGUUCAAGUCCCUACCGAUGCCUUACGUCCCUGCAAGUCGGAGGUAUCUUAUUGGCAGGGUUGGCCCAAAAGAUUUGAAGAUUUAUCGGUGUGUUGUGAGAUAUGGAUACUGUGAUCCUAUUAGGGACACUGAUAAUUUUGAAGAACAGAUUAUUAGUUCAAUCGGAGAGUUCAUUAUCAUGGAAGAAAAUGAGUUUGAAUCCCUGAAUUCAUCAGAAGGAAGAAUGGUGGUUGUUGGAAAGCCACCAGCUGAUGGAAGCGCUUUAAUUCCAUUGAAUGAAACAAACUCAGAUGAGGAGUCUGUGAGCAAUAUUGAAACUCAGCUAGCUCCAAUGGUGGCCGAUGCAGUGGAGAGUGGUUUGGGUUCAGUGAUGAGAAAAAAGGUGCGGUUCGUGUUGCCGGCGAAUAGUCCAAAAAUGCUAGCAUCUGUUAGGGAUGAGCUGCAAGAACUAAUAGAUGCAAGGGAGAGUGGCACAGCGUACUUCCUGGGGCAGGUGCAUUUAGCAGUGCGUGAUGGCUCAGACGUGUUGAAGCGCUUGCUGAUCAUGACUUAUGCGUUUUGUGAUAAAAAUUGCAGAGAGCCUCCAGUUGCUCUCAACAUUCCUCAUGCCGCUCUUGUCGAGGUUGGUAUGGUCUGUUGCAUAUAAAGCAUUAAUUGUGAGGCCAUGCCAGACGUUGGGGCAGAGGAGCAAUGAUUUGUACAAAAUCAGGAAAGAAUUCAUCGGAGAUGAGAGGAGAUAUAUAAGAAAACACAUAUAUAGUUUAAGUUUUUUAACUUCUUGUAAUAGUUCGGAAUCCAUAUAAAAAGUUGACAAGAAAUAUACAAUGAAACCUAAAAUCUGUCCAUAUUGGUGAAUUAUGCAUAUAUAUCCAUGCCUGCCUUACUACUUAUUAA